AUGAGAUGUGUGCCGACCGUGGUGAAACAAGCGAAGCAGCUCAUGCUCGUAGAGUACAGAGGAGAUGAGCUGGGUGAGCAGACCUUUUACACAUCUGGCCAGGAAGAAUGCAAUAACAUCAAGUUGGAGCAAUGUAUUUUUUACGAAGGCUUUUUCGAUUUCUACAAAGAAGGCGAAAACAGAACAAUAAGUGUAACACCGGUCAAAGGCGAAGAAAUAGUACUGUACUUCGGUAAACCGCGACUUGAUUCGACCAAAAUGUACAUAUCUUGCGAAUAA